AUGUCUUCUCAACCUUAUUCAGAUAAAGUUGAAGACCAACAGCUAUAUGACAUACUAAAUAUAUCACCCCCUACAAUCACUAUCAAACCAACAGGAACUUCAGAUUCUUUAACUAACGCCUUUAAUGAAAUAUUUGAUACUACACGAAUAGAUUACUCGCAACAACCACAAGAAUAUGGAGAAGUAAAUUCUAAUAAACAACACACUGAAAGACAUGGGAUACAAGCAUACGUUUCUGAUCAGCAGAAAAUGCAUACUGAAGAAUCAAUACAACAGCAUAAUUUAGAGUCAUUUGAGCCACCAUCUGCACCGGUUAGAAACCUCGAUCAUGAUCCAUUACCUGACUUUACUCCCGAUGCCAAAAUGUAUGAUGAAGCCUCAGAUAUCAGUUUACAGAAUGUCAAUCCUCAAUUUAAUUCAAACUCGACUUCAAAUGAAUACUUAUCUCCAAUUUCUCAAUUCACCAAUCAAUUUCCACAUCUACAGCAACUGGAACUGCAACAGAACGAUUAUUUACAAGUGAAGGACGAUUUAUUGCAUCCACGCUCCCCAGCACAUUCCACUCACUCAGUGUAUUCAGAUACUUCAUCGCAUCCUGCUUCUCCAUAUAUUUCACCAAUGUCACAAUUUGGAUCCAGUCAUAAUUUAGCUAUACCUCCACAAGCAAAUCGUGACUCUUUCUCAGACAUUGGUACCAACAAUAACGUACCGCAGAAUAAUUUUAUUCCCGAUCAAUAUCUUGAAUCUGCUGCUGCAGCUGCCAAUUUUGAAAUUGCAUUAGGCGAAUCUAUAAGUUCUACAAAUUUGGCUAAUUUAGACAGCAUGGAUAAUACUAAAUGGCAACCUUCAAUUCAGCAACAAGAAAUUCAACAAGAGUUUCAACAAUUAUCAAUGAGAGUUCAACAGCAGCAUCAGCAACAACUGAAUCAACCUUAUGAAGAUUACAAUACGAGCCAAAACCUCGAUUUUGAUAUUUUAGUUACACCGCCUUUACAAAACAAAUUGACUCAACCUUUUGAUACUGUCAGUACUGCAGCUACAAAUAACUCCAAUUAUCAACCAAAUCCCUUGACUGAACUUAAUUUGAACCAAUUACAUGAUCAAGGUGAUUCUCUGGGGAUUAGAAUAUCUAUAAAUCAAGCACCUGAGAUUGUUGCUGCUAGAACACCUUCGUUAUUUAGUAAUAGUUCUGCAAAUUCAUCAGUAAGGAAUUUAAACGCUGAUGAUAGUGCUAAUACUACCAAAUCAAAUAAUCUUAUUCCUAACUCAGAAUUGAUGUCACCAAGUGGGUCUAGUGCCAAUUCCGAUAACCAUUUACUUGAUCCUGAUUAUCAGAAUAUCAAGCGAGGUAGAAGAAAGAGUCAUUCCAUGAAAUCUACCUCUCCAAAACCAUCAAGGUCACCAGCUAGAAAGUAUGUUGAAUCGGAUGAGGAGGAAGAAUAUGAUGAGCACGAGGAAAAAAUAGCUAGAGAGAAGAUGUUGGAAUUGGCUCUGCUUAAUCAAUCUUCCAAACGUGUUCAAAAACAUCCAAGUGUGUAUGCAUGCCAUUUAUGUGAUAAACGAUUUACCCGUCCAUAUAACUUGAAAUCACAUUUAAGAACCCAUACAGAUGAAAGGCCAUUUAUAUGUACCCAAUGUGGUAAGGCAUUUGCAAGGCAACAUGAUAGAAAACGACAUGAAGAUUUACAUUCUGGUGAGAAGAAGUUCCAAUGUAGAGGUUUCCUCAAGGAUGGUACUCAAUAUGGAUGUGGUCGAAAGUUUGCUCGUGCUGAUGCAUUAAGACGACAUUUUCAAACUGAAGCAGGAAAAGAAUGUAUUAGAGUGUUGAUUGAGGAGGAAGAAGCCGAGAAGAGGAAACGAGGUGAUACAGGUGAAGUAGAUGUUAAUAUGGAUGAUUUCUUAAGUCCGUCUUCUGGUGUGCCGGUUCCACAAUUGGAAAUUUCACCACCAGAAUGA